AGUGUGAACAGAGUGGCGCCCCGUCUUUCAGGACAGCAUCUUUAUCUUUGAUAGAAAAGGAAAAAAGUGGAAAAGCAACAGAUCCGAGGGGCGUUAUAUAUGUCCGAUUCAAAUCUGAAUAGUCUCUGAGGAUAAGCCGUGUUGAAGGGGAUGCUGGGUGUCUCAGAAAUGACGGGCAGCAACAUGGCUAAUGCCCUGGCAAACGCCUCGUGCGAACGGUGCAGAAGUGGCUUCGCCCCCACGGAGAAAAUCGUCAACAGUAACGGUGAGCUGUAUCACGAGCAGUGCUUCGUCUGUGCCCAGUGUUUCCAGCAGUUUCCAGAAGGACUCUUUUAUGAGUUCGAGGGAAGAAAAUACUGUGAGCGUGAUUUCCAGAUGUUGUUCGCUCCGUGCUGUCAUCAGUGUGGAGAGUUUAUAAUUGGGCGUGUGAUUAAGGCCAUGAAUAACAGCUGGCAUCCCGACUGCUUCUGCUGUAAUAUCUGCCAAGCCGUACUCGCUGAUGUUGGAUUCGUCAAAAACGCUGGCCGCCACCUGUGCCGUCCGUGUCAUAACCGAGAGAAGGCUCGCGGUCUCGGAAAGUACAUCUGUCAGAAGUGUCACGCCAUCAUCGAGGAGCAGCCUCUCAUUUUCAAAAACGACCCCUACCAUCCCGACCACUUCAACUGCAGCAACUGCAGUAAGGAGCUGACGGCUGACGCUCGUGAACUGAAGGGUGAACUCUACUGCCUCCCCUGUCAUGAUAAAAUGGGCGUGCCGAUCUGCGGCGCCUGCAGGCGUCCGAUCGAGGGCCGUGUGGUGAAUGCCAUGGGCAAGCAGUGGCAUGUUGAGCAUUUUGUCUGUGCCAAGUGCGAGAAACCCUUCCUGGGACACCGUCAUUAUGAGAGGAAAGGUCUGGCUUACUGCGAGACCCAUUACAACCAGCUCUUCGGUGACGUUUGUUACCAUUGCAACCGCGUGAUCGAGGGAGACGUGGUCUCGGCUCUGAAUAAGGCUUGGUGUGUGAAUUGUUUCUCCUGCGCAACAUGUAACACCAAGCUCACCCUCAAGAACAAGUUUGUGGAGUUCGACAUGAAGCCAGUGUGUAAGAAAUGUUACGAGAAGUUUCCUCUGGAGCUGAAGAAGAGACUCAAGAAGCUAGCGGAAACUGUGGGCCGCAAGUAGACCUCUUCACCUACAGGAGGAGCCAAAGGCUGAACAAGUAUUCCAACAAUGGUGCUUCAAAGAGACCAAAGAAAAUCUGGACCACUUAUUGGUAACUUGCGUCUUAUAUGUCUAGUCUUACUUAAAUGAUGUAUUUCUGAUAUCUGUCUUUUUGGCAUUGCUAUAAGUAGCCCACAGAUUUUCAUUGGUCUCACACCAAAAGUUGUUGUUGUGUGUUAACAAGCUUGUAUAAUCACUGAAACUAAAACCAAACAAAUGCGUUUAUAUUGUCUUAUGAUAUAUAUGUGUACUUGCAUGUUUAUAAAGUUGAUUCUAGAUGUGGGCACACUGUACAUGGGGCUUGUGAUCAUCCAGCACGUAUUUGAGCUUGUUUUUCCUUCCUCAAAGCUAAAACCGUUCCUGUGUCUGGCCCUGGGCCUCAGCUUUGAUCUGUUGAUCUAAAAGUGCUAUUUGAUAUUUAAUGUAUGCCCAAGCCUUACAUUUUCUGUCUGAGAGGGAUUAAAAAGUUAGCGCAUGAUGUAAUGAGCUUAGAAGAAUGCAACAACCUUUAAACUCGACCUUCGAACUCUUCACUCGACCAACAACUUAAGUGCUGUGAUCUCCCCCUUUGCUUUUAUUGCGCUUUAUUAAAAGCUUUUCCUGUCUAUUAGAAAUAUGCAAUCAUUUAAAUCACUUUCAUUUCUACAUAGUGUUAAGUGUCUCAAUGUUUUAACUAUUUACUUCUAAGACUUUAGAUUUAGGACCCAUCUGCCUUAUUUUAUUACAGGCCUUUUAAAAUCCACAGAUGAACUCGUGCCUUGUGUUUUGUAAUCUAAAUAAAUGGCAGAUUAUGUAUGAUUUAUGUAACAAAUGACUGAAUUUAAUUCUGAUUCUUAAUUCUAGCGUGAAGUCUUAAAACGAAAUUUACGAAACGUUUUUAUAAUUUGUGUAUUUUAAGUUUUAACCUCACUACAUUUCAGAUGGUAUGGUUUGUUCACUCGUUUUAAAGAGCUUGCUUUGAAAAACAUUGCAAACAUUUCAUUUUAAAUGACAGAAAUAUAUGGAGCAUUAGCAAAUAUACUUUUAUGCAUUUAUCUAUAUCUGGAUUAGCGGAUGCAUUUGAGCAGAAAAUACAGAGUUGUGAUGCUUGCUGACAGCUUUGAAAUAAUAACUGUUCUGUAUGUCAAAAUAUAUGAAUAAAGUAUGCACUAUUUCAUC